CUUCCUAUUCCCCUCUCAAAUUAGGGCACCGCUUAAAAGGACGAAGAAAGUCCAAAAUUGGGAUUUUUUUUCUCGGACUCAUCACCCAUAAAUCAAAUAUAGUUAAACACCUCUUCUAUCAUUAGAUUCAAAUCCGCCUUCUUCUCGUCUCUCUCGUACGUGUUGCUUUUCCUUCUCCUAAACUACACAAAGGGGGAAGUGCUGGAGCUCUCUGUAUAAAUACACUGUUCUUCUGCUACUCGACACUCGUAUUCUCUCUGCAAUUCGCUACUGGUUUCACCGAAGAGUUCUUUUCUCGAUUUCUACAUUUUAAAUUUCUUGCAAUCUUCAUAGAAGAAGAUGGAGGGAGGAGGAGCAUCGCCGUAUAAUCCUCGCACAGUGGAGGAGGUUUUUAGGGAUUUCAAAGGUCGUCGUGCCGGAAUGAUUAAAGCUCUUACCACCGAUGUUGAAGAAUUUUACCACCAGUGUGAUCCAGAAAAGGAGAAUUUGUGUUUGUAUGGUUUUCCUAGUGAGCAAUGGGAGGUGAAUUUGCCUGCUGAAGAGGUGCCACCAGAACUCCCAGAACCAGCAUUGGGUAUUAAUUUUGCUAGAGAUGGAAUGCAAGAAAAAGACUGGUUAUCUUUGGUUGCUGUUCAUAGUGAUGCUUGGUUGCUUUCUGUUGCCUUCUAUUUUGGUGCCAGAUUUGGAUUUGAUAAAGCUGAUAGGAAGCGAUUGUUCAACAUGAUAAAUGAUCUCCCGACAAUAUUUGAAAUUGUAAGUGGUAUCGCAAAGAAAGCCCAGAAGGAGAAAACUGCAGUCUCUAAUCACAGUAGCACCAAAUCUAAGUCAAACUCAAAAAUGUCAUUGCAGCGGGAGCCAGAGUCUCAUGGGAAGUACCCAAAGCAACAUCCCCUAGCAGCACUGAAAGAUGAAAAUGAAGGGGGGAUGAGAAUGGGAAUGGGAAUGGGAAUGGGAUUGGAGUUGGAUGAUGAAGAUGAAGAUGAAGAGGAUGAGGAUGAACAUGGGGAGACAUUGUGUGGAGCAUGUGGAGAGAAUUAUGCAUCGGAUGAGUUUUGGAUAUGCUGUGAUAUUUGUGAGAAGUGGUUUCAUGGGAAGUGUGUCAAGAUCACUCCAGCUAGAGCUGAACACAUUAAGCAGUACAAGUGUCCAUCUUGCAGCAACAAAAGAGCCCGCACUUGAUUAGUCAUUACUAUUACUUACUGUUUUUACUUUUUACUUUUUACUUUUUACUUUUUACUACUCUCUCUCUCUCUCUCUCUAACUCUGAUGUUGAAAAUUGUUGGUGAUGAUGAUGUUUUAGUGGACCUCAGUUGCUGUAUAAUUCAGUUCAGUAAUCUCGUUUUCAAACCAAUCAAUGCCUGCCACCU